GUCCUCUGCCCCCUCCCUCCUUUUCUCCCUCCCUCCUUCUCUCCCUCCCUCCGCCGCGGCGGAGAGCUGCGCGGCCACCCGCGCCUCCCGUCGUAGGACCCUCCCCGCAUGGUCCCCGCCGCUGCAAUGAGCCAGGCUCCGGCUCCCCGCGGCGCUGACCCGCCGGAGAGCGAUGCCCGCAGCGGGGCUCCAAGCCGGGGCUCCGGCCGAGGGAUGCCGCCGCCGCCCAGCCUGCCCCAGCUCCUCCACAAUGCUGCCAAGCUCCUGGAGAAGAGUCCAUUCUCCGUGGGUGCCCCGAGCCCCCUGCUCCCCUCGCCGGCGAGCCUGCAGCUGGCACAGCUCCAGGCCCAGCUCACGCUUCACAGGCUGAAGUUGGCCCAGACCGCCGUCACCAGCAACCCAGCCACCGCCACCAUCCUCAACCAGGUGCUCUCCAAAGUCGCCAUGUCCCAGCCGCUCUUCAACCAGCUGAGGCACCCCACCAUGAUGAACACCCCGCAGGGCCACGCUGCAGGGUCACCCCAGGGACCCAGCAUCGCUGUCGCGAGGUUCCCCUCCAGCAGCAUCGCCUUUCCCACACAGCCCCCAGCCUUGGCUGCACAGGGGAGUGGCCUGGGGCCCGUCCAAGGCCAGGCCCCCAACACCAUCGUGAUGGGUCCCUUUGGAGGUGUCAUGGCUCCCACCUCCGGACAGCAACCCGUGGUAGUGGGUCUCAACAAGGCGGGUGCCUCCACCUCUGCCGCCACGGGGGGCUUUUAUGAGUAUGGCAAGCAAAACACUGCCACUGCUGCCCCUCAGGCAUACACCUCAGAGGGGGACCAACCCAGCCAGCAUGGCUUCCUCGCCAGUGGUCCCCACGCAGCCUCCUCGGCAGCAGGGCCACGCUACGAGGGUCACUUCGGGGCAUCCAGCCAGCUGCAGCACGAGGUGGCGGCCGCCUUUCCCAAGGAGGCCUAUGGGGCGGUGCGGGCCUUCCCCGGUGACCCUCACGCCAGCUCCCACCCGAAAGGAGAUCCCAGCCCUGUCUUGCAUGGCAGCGGUACAGGCAACCAGUGGGAAAACAUACCCAAUUUCCCCAGCCAAAACAAGCCUGACCUUGUGCCCGGCGACAGCCUGUGGCCGUCAGCAAGUCAGCAGCAGUAUGAAAUAAGAAACGAUCUCUACAACCCUGAAGAGCCAACACCUGACACAAAGUUCACAGCUGCCCCCCCCUCCUUCGGCCGCCUCAACCACAGCAAGCAGAGCUUCGGCAGCCCUCGCAUGAGGCAGAAGGAGGAGAGGAGCAGCUGCCUGCCCAACCUGCCUGCACGUUCCCUGCCACCACACCAGUUGGGUGACCUCCGUGGCGUGGCCCCCCUCCACUUCCCCCAUGUCUGCGCCCUGUGUGACAAGAAGGUCUUCGAUCUGAAGGACUGGGAUCAGCACAUUAAGGGAAGUCUUCACAUCCAAAAAUGUAUGGCUUUUCCCGAUAACACUGGUGUCCGGUGUAUGUUAAGCUCUUCAGAUGGAACAUUGCAUUUAUCACCAAAUAAUGCAGCAGUUUUCAAUACAUCUAAUAUUGAAGAUUAUCCACCAAAUGUCGGCUCAUCUUUUAUCACUGCCUCAGCAAGAUCCUUUGGCCAGCCAGGUCCUACGUUUUCUUCUCCUUCAUCAGGGGUAAGAUUUCCCCAGAGGAAAUCUACACUGGGUCGAGUUGUACACAUCUGCAACCUCCCUGAGGGAAGCUGCACAGAGAAUGAUGUCAUUAACCUGGGCCUCCCAUUUGGGAAGGUCACCAACUAUAUCCUUAUGAAAUCUACUAAUCAGGCCUUUCUGGAAAUGGCUUACAGUGAAGCAGCACAAGCCAUGGUGCAAUACUACAAAGAAAAACCUGCUAUGAUAAAUGAUGACAAGCUACUUAUUAGGAUGUCUAAAAGAUACAAGGAAUUACAGCUGAAGAAACCAGGUAAGAAUGUGGCUGCUAUCAUCCAGGACAUCCACUCACAGAGAGAGAGGGACCUCCUGCGUGAUGUUGACAGCAGGUAUGGCACAGAGAGGCCCCGUUCUCGCAGCCCCAUAAGCCGAUCCCUGUCGCCUCGAUCCCACACUCCCAGCUUUACAUCCUGCAGUUCACCCCACAGCCCACUGGGGACGGGCAGGACUGACUGGGGGAAUGGUAGAGAGUCAUGGGAUCAGUCCCCAUAUUCUCGACGAGAAGAGGAAAGAGACAGCAGAGAAUGGCGAGAGAAUGGGGAUGAGAAGAGAGACAGGACUGACACGUGGGUACACGAGAGGAAACAUUAUUCCCGCCAGCUGGACAAGUUUGAUUUGGAUGAACGGAUUGAAGGAGGCAGAGGGCACAGAGAAAAAUAUUUAAGGAGUGGUUCUCCUGGCUCCCUUCACCCUUUAUCUAUCUACAAAAGCAGGGAAGAUGACUAUUACAGAAAAACCUCUAAGUCAAAGUCUGACAAGUUUCAGAGGCAGCUUCCAGAUUUGCCUGGGAGAUCUAAGAGAAAGGAAGAGGCAAAGUUAAGAGAACAUAGACAUUCGUACAGUGAGGAUGCUUCCAGGGAGGAGGCAGAUGAGCAGAAGCAUGGCAAAGCAGCUGAGAGCUCCAGACAAAAACAAAGUGAUAAGAAUAAGGUGAAGAAAGCUGAAAAAGACCAAGAGGAAGAUGCUGCUGCUGAGGGCAGUGAUGUGAAGGAAACCAAACCUCCCAAGGAUGAGCUUGGAAAAGAAGAGCAAGUUUCAGAGAAGAGCUCACCUUCAGCUAAUAAACAAGAACAGGAAUCUGGAGAGAUUCUGGAAAACACAAGAAAAGAGAAGGAGCGGGACUGGGAGAGUGGAAGUGAGAUAGAAGGUGAGACCUGGUAUCCUGCCAACAUGGAGGAAUUAGUGACAGUAGAUGAAGUGGGAGAAGAUGAUUUAAUUAUGGAGCCAGAUAUAACAGAGCUUGAAGAAAUAGUACCAGUUGAUCAAAAAAAUAAAACCACUUCAGAAAUGUGUCCCUGUAUGUCAGCCACAUUAGAACUGAAAAACGAUCACAGCCACUUAACCAGGAGUGUGGACAAAUUUGACCAUAAAGCUUUAGAAACAAACUUCAGGUCAGCAAAGGGCAGUGUAGCUUCUAGUGGCUGUCAGGAUGGUGAGGAGGAUGAUGAUAAUGAUGAUGCUAUAACUGAAGCAUCAAGCCUAAAUCUGGACCCUGAGCAGAAGCCAGAAGAAUUGCAAGAAGACCAAUCUGCUAAGGAGUCUGAUCCCCAGCAGAAGGAAGGAAAAAUUGAUAAGAGCUACGACACUCGCUUAGAGCUUGAUGAUCACCACAUACCUUCUGUUCAUCUGAAAGAAGAGACUCUCCAGCUCCCUGACACAUUUAUAGAUGAUUGCAAACAGAUGGGAUCACACGGAGCUGGGAGUGAAGAUGUUAUGGAAAUGCUUGUUAAAAACGCCAGUGAAGAAACAAGACAUGGAAGCCAAGAGUGUUCAGAGGCCAAGGCAAAUUCUAGGUACCUGGAAAUGAAAUCUCUGGAAUACCCAGAGGUAGAGUCUAAAAGAAGGCACUCCCCGCCGGGCUGGGAACAAGAGGAUGUCUUCACUGAACUCAGCAUUCCCCUGGGUGUCGAAUUUGUGGUGCCUAGAACUGGGUUUUACUGCAAGCUCUGUGGGCUCUUCUACACAAAUGAAGAGACAGCAAAGACAAGUCACUGCAGAAGUACUGUUCACUACAAAAAUCUUCAGAAGUAUCUGUCCCAGCUUGCAGAGGAGAGUCUGAAAAUGAAGGAAGAAGGCAGCCAUCUGCCUCAGGAUGACACUGGCAUUGUUCCUCACUUUGAGAAGAAAAAACUAUAAUGCAGAUGAACUGGAAGAACAAAAAUGAGUGAAUGCCGAUACUUUAUUUUUUUAAUUUCUGUGAUAUGACUGUCAAUUUGCACUGUACAGAGGAGGGGAAAUAAAGAGCAGGUUCCAUGCAUCUAUGCCCAGAGUGCCAUUAAAAACCAAAAUGCCUGAAACUGUUUCCCACGGUGAAGCAAUGCUGGCAUAUCUGUAAGAAGUGGAGCAAUUCUUUCUCACACUCUGUGUACUGGGAGUGGUUUCCUAGAUUAAAUCAGAAUUCUCAGGGAUUCUUAAAGUUUUAAUUCUGAUGUGACACAUCAGGUCAGGCGGAGUAUUUAGAAGCACUCAGCAUCCUCCAGUGGACGCUGGAAGGAAAGGAGAUGUGACUAUAAAUAGGCUUUGAUGUUGCUUAAAAUACCUUCAGCCAUUUAACUGAUUGCCUCAGUGAGAAGUAGGACUUGCACAGGACAUCUAAAGCCAUUGUGCUAAAACUAGUCAGUAGAUGGCAUAAUAUGAACCCCAUCAGCAUCCACCUCCAUGUGUCUUAGAGCUUGGUGAAAUGAUAAAAUGUUUGUUUGUUAAGCACCGACUGUACACUGUGUUGUGCCAAUGCAGAGGGAGCCACAACCUGUCCCAGGGACCUUAUAGCCUGAAGCCAUCACAACAAGAGCAGUUUGAAUGCCCCCAAAGCGACCUGAGCUGCUCUGCUUUUCAGCAUUUUCCAUGGUGUGAUCAGGAUGUUCUCCAGGUACCGUUGUGUUUGAAAGUCUUCCUUUUGAUGAUUCUAAAGGGUGCCAACUUUGAAUCUUACGGACUUGAAACUCUCAUGAGAGGCUUUUUUAAAGUGCCACAUGUUUGGACCAUGUCUCUUUUAGACAUUUUAUUCAAGAUCCUUGCUUUUGGGGUCUUUUUGUUUUCUUUCAAGCUUGCUUUUCCUCAGCUUGGCGAUGUCAAAUUUUCCUGGUUUUCGUGGAAAAAUGCCAGACUUCUAAUAUUGUUUUUUGUAUUUUAUUUCCCUGAUUUUUUUAAGGCAAAUACAACAAUCAAUAGCUCACAGAGUGCUGCACUGAGAACACUGGAUGCACCAGCAGCUCUGGCAUUAUUACGAGCUAUUGUUUCUGCACAGUUGUUGCUUAGUACUUCGCAAAUUCCCUUUGAAAUGCACUGUACAAGUUUCUGGUUCAUUUCAAUAGGGCUUUGUGUAGGAAAGUGAAUACGUAUGCAAACCACUGCCAGAACUGAUCCCAGAGUUAUGCUUUUAUAAAAUGCCCUACGCAAUCUAGACAGAAGGGGAUUUGCAGACUUGUUCCCAUUCUUUGCCUCACUCUAAUAUUUAUCACAGUAUGUUCUGAAAAAAUUGCUGCUGAUGAUGUCCUGUUUAGAUGUUGUGCAAAGGAAAUAUUUUCCAAAGGUUCUGGCCAUCCCUAAGAAUGACAUGGAAAUAUUGCAGUGGCUAAACUGCAAAAGUGUCAGUUCCAUUAUGUCUUCUGCCAGCAGCCACGCUCGUUCCCUUAAGUACCCUGCAGCCAGGCAUUGCAUCUCAGAGGUGCCACAUGCUGUUGCCUGAAGCCCUGUUCCUUUUCAUGGCCAGUUCUUUCCAUUGUUUUUACCAGAGGUGGGUUCAGGUUUCAUAUUUUGAAUUCCUGCUUCUCAAAAGUUGAGGGAUUCUUUGCAUCCCAGAUUCAGAUGUGGCCUGUUGAAAAGACAAGGGGAAAUGAAAAAUGUUAGCCUAAAUCCUCCUUUGUCCAUACUUGAAGUAUGAUUUACAUUAAGAUUUUAGUCCCUCUGUCAUUUAAAACAGCUGCUUUUUUCUGUUUUCCCAAUGAAAAAAAGAAAGGUAUUUUUCCUUCAAAUGUUUUUUUUCCCUUGAUUGUUUAUUUUUCAUACUGCAGUGAAAUUUGAGCACAGGGCUGGUAGGGUGAGAGCUUGUAUUGCAAACUGUAAGAUUACAAAAAUGGCAGUAAAGAUUGUGCAAUUGCAUUCUGAAGCUCAGCUCUCAAGCUGGUCAUGUAUCAUCUGAAUAUGAAGUUCCUUUCAUGCCCUUCAGCACAAUCUGAGUGCAAGGGAAGGAAAUCACUACAAGUGCAAGCAUCAAAUCUUUGAAGCUAACCCUGCUAUCAAACUGGGGCUCUCACUGGCCUAAUGGGAGCUUGUUAGACCAUGUGGUUAAGCUUAAUUGGAUGUGAGACAUAGCUGACUGUAUCAUAGCUGUAUGAUCAAAGUCAUAUGCCUCCAGCAACUUUAUCCUCAAGUAACCUCAAAUGAGAAAACUAUCACUGUUAUUAUUCUUUAUUUGUAUUGCAGUAGAAGCUACGGGUCCACUGCCUUUAUUACAGGCAUGGCACAAAUCCACAACAAAGACUUUCCCAGGCCAAAGAACUUUAAAUCAGACUUUCCAAAAACAGACAACAGGUGCAUACAGGCAGGCAAGGAAAGAAAUAGGUAACCAUGAGAUUCUGACUGGCAGCAGCAGAAUAAUUAAAACGUGUGUUUACCCAGGGGCUUAUUUUUGAAUUUACAGGAGAUGAUUCAAACUAUUUUCCCCUUCCUCUGGUUCUGAAAGAGGUUCACUCCCAUUAUUCACAGCUUGCAUACUUAACCUCCUUUGUGUUUCCCUGGCCAGUUGAAUUAGACACACAAAAUCCUUUCUGGAGAGAGUGGGCCUUGGUAUCCUUCAGUCCCAAACCGGUUUAGUUUCAGUCGCCAUCCAGGGCUCCAAAAGCUAGAGUCUUGGCUGAGGCUUACCAGGAACUGUCCUGGCUACAGAUACCAUGUGGGGGUCAUGGGUACAGGCCCUUGCUUGCCACUGAGGAUGGAGGAGGCCCCAGAUGGUAUCUCUGCCUUAUGCAGUUUCCUCUUCUGCAGGUAGAUGACUCAGGUGAGCGAUGCAGGUGCGGUGCCCAGCCCCACAGACAUGAUGAGACCCAGACAUUUGUAGAGAUGGUUUGGACACCCUGACCCUUUGGGCUCUGUCCUGACAAAGCAGCAAUCUGCAAAACCCUGCGUCCAGCCAUCCAGGCAAUUUCCACCCUGAGAAGGCCCUUACUCCCCCUAAAACUCAACAUUUGAAAGCAAUUAAAAGCAAUGCUGAGUCUCAACUAGCUCCUGACAAUCCCUAUGAUCAGUUUGCAGCCUGAUGCACUUUGAGAACUCAGAGGUAAUCUCCUUCCCUCUCCAAGAGGCCAUCAUGCAAUGCUGGCAGGCACUCAACUCCUCAACUUCUCUCUUCUACCUAUUCUGCUGAGGAGGAAGGCCACUGUAGGCAGCCACUUACCUUUCUCAGCUUCUGGAAAAUUGUGUUGUUUCUUUUGGCUUAUUGUAUUUAAAAUAAUUUCUUUAGUUGGCAUAACUCAUCAUCACUAUAAUCCACGCUGUUUAUUAAUACAUAUAUAUAUUUAUAUAUGUAGCACAAAGCAGGCUCAGGUCUAGCCAAACAAAUAUUGAUAUUUAAUAAGCAGCUUCCUUAAUAUAUACAAACCAUUUCAACACAUCUCAACCAAAGAUUGCACUUUUUUGCAUGGGGACUGUGUUUUUCGUCCUUAAGAAAUCUUCAUUGAUCUCCAAUAGUCUUUAAUGUCAAUCUGCAAACUUACUUAUUUUGAAGUAGAAAAUAAAAUAAUUUAACAUUUGCCCCAUAAGAUUAGGCAAAGUUUCACAUUGGCUUUAACACUAAAUUAGUGUUACGCUGAUUAUAUUCAGGGUUUUUAUAUUCUUUAAGGAUUAAGGCUGUGAUUUGUUGAAUUAUACUUGAACUGGACCAGAUGUACUAUUUAUUGAGCUUAUAUAAUCUUGUUAAUUUAAGUUUUGGCUUGUAAACAUUUGGAAUUUGUUAGUACUUGUUUAAUUAUGUAGGAACUGUCACAAAUAUUAACUGAUCUGUGUAACUGAUUGCAAAGUGUUGCAAUUUGUGUUUCUUAAAAA